GUGGUGACUGGAUAAAGAAGGGGACCACAAACAGCCAUGGGAUGUGGCGUCACAAAGUCCGACCAGUUCCACAAAAACUCAGGAAAAGCCAUACGAGCUGCUGUCCUGAUCCAGCGGUGGUACCGUCAGUACGUCGCCCGCACAGAGAUGAGGCGGAGGUACACCUGGCACAUCUUCCAGUCCAUCGAGUACUCUGGAGAGCAGGCCCAGAUCAAGCUCUACAACUUCCUCGGAUACCUCAUGGACAAUUUCACACCGUCGAGCAAUGAACGAAAUCUGAUCUCGCACAUCUUCAGAGAGAACGAGGUGUGUCGGGACGCCGAGUGGGAGAGGCACUUCUGCUACAAGAACAUCGAGGUGCCAGAGAUUUACUCAGGACCUCAUCUCACCUUCCCUCUGACGGUGGAGCAGGCGGUCGGUCUGGUGGAGGCCUUCAGGAACAAGAAGCAGCAGCUGCACUCGCGCUACGCCCUCCAGCUCCUCCUGGAGACGUGGAAGCUGCUCCGCAUGUUGCCAAACAUCAACCGCAUCUCCACCUGCCACAGCAAGGAAAUCACGAUCUGUGGUGAUCUGCAUGGACAGCUGGAGGACCUGCUGCUGGUUUUCUACAAGAACGGCAUGCCGUCCUUAGAGAAGCCCUACGUGUUCAACGGAGACUUCGUGGAUCGAGGCAAAGACUCCAUCGAGAUCCUCCUCAUCCUGUUUGCGUUCCUGCUCGUGUAUCCGAGCGACGUUUACCUCAACAGAGGAAACCACGAGGACCACAUCGUCAACCUGAGGUACGGCUUCACUAAGGAGGUGUUGACUAAAUAUAAGAUGCACGGCAAACGGAUCCUGAAGCUGCUGCAGAAGAUUUUCAGCUGGUUGCCAUUAGCAACGGUGAUCGACCAGAAGGUUCUGGUCCUGCACGGAGGGAUCUCCGACACCACGGACCUGAACCUCCUCGCCAGACUGGACAGACACAGCUACAUCUCAGCGCUGAGGCCUCCGAAGAGGAGACACCAGAGCUCAGCGUCCACGUCCAUCGACUCGGACCUGGACGAGGACGUCUGGGGGGUCAACAGGGUCUUCCAGCGCCGAGCCUCCCUCACCUUCCCCAAACCCCUCGGCACCCGCGACUGUUUCCACAACCGCUCGCUGCAGGACUUCUCGGACCGGAUCAAGGUGAACAUGGAGACGGAGCUGGAGAUCCGCAGGAGGAGGCAGUCCAUUUUCAACGCUGCCAUCAAGGCGCCAGAACAAGAGACGCCGACUGCGUCCUUUGACUCUGUCUACAGCGACAACGCCAAAGAAGAGUGGAAACAGGUCCUGGACCUGCUGUGGAGCGACCCGAUGGCUCAGGACGGCUGCAUCCCCAACGAGGUUCGGGGCGGCGGCUGCUACUGGGGCCCCGACGUCACCGAGGACUUCCUGAACAAACACAACCUGCAGCUCAUCAUCCGCUCGCACGAGUGUAAACAGGACGGUUAUGAGUUCUGCCACAACCGUAAGGUCCUCACUCUGUUCUCUGCCUCCAACUACUACGACGUGGGAAGCAACAGAGGGGCCUACGUGAAGCUGGGUCCGGACCUCGUGCCUUAUUUGCUCCAGUACCAGGCCAGCAGCAUGAUCAGGGAGCUCACCGUGAGACAGAGCGUCGGCCGGACCGAGCGCUCGGCCCUCAAAGUCCUGCGGGAGCAGCUGUUUGCGCACAAGUCUGACCUCAUCUGUGCCUUCAAAAAGCUCGACAGCGAGAACACAGGUCUCGUGUCUCUGAACGACUGGGCCUCGGCCGUGGAGAGUGUGAUGCACCUGGACCUGCCCUGGAGGAUGCUUCGCUGUCAGCUCGUCACCCGCAAGACCAGCGACGGCAUGAUCGACUACUACGACUGGUUCAACGAGCUCGCCAUCAUGGGUCCCAGCGCUGACCACAUUGACCAAAGUCUGCUGGAGACGUUGUACCGCCACCGCUCCACUCUGGAGACCAUCUUCAGGAUCGUGGACACAGACAACUCAGGCUUCAUCACCAUGGAGGACUUCCGGCAGACCUGGAAGCUGCUGAGCGUCUACCUAAAGAUGGAGAUCACGGAGGAGGCCAUCUCCGACCUGGCCGUCACCAUCGACAGCAACCAGGACGGCAGCAUCGACAUCGACGAGUUCAUGGAGGCGUUCCGGCUCACGGACAAGAAGAGCCGGCUGGAGCGAGGACGCAGCAUGUUCAUGGGCACCGCCACCGACCUCACCAAGCUGGACGCUGAUCCCAGCAUCUGA